CUUCAAGGUGCUCUUGAACGAAGUUUACCGUCCAGGCAUUCUGACAUGGGAACCCCAUGGAAAACCAUUUGCAUUUCAACCACGCGUAAUAUCCUCAAAAUGUUACACACAUCAUUAUAACGAAGUUUUCGGUUCUGGCAAUAAUUAUGGCCCCCAAUCCUUUAUCAUAAGACGUAAGAUCUUCCAAUACCUAAGCUUGGCCAGGGAGGUGGAAAGUUUGUCCCGAAGGUUCAGAGCGAUGAACAGGGGUAAAUAUGGAUCCACGUAAUCGUUAUCUCAUGGAACAACAACACCAACAGCCAUACGGAGGAGAGCAGAGUAGGUAGAGUCUGAACAGAUGAUUGCAGCAGAGGUGGUUCUAUUUUCCUGCCAUUUGCAUCAUAGUCGGCUUGACCCUGCGCAGAGCUUCGUAGGCUGCAUGGAAAGCAAUUCGUCCGCUCGUCGCCAUCGCUUAGCUCCCAACUCAAGCUUCAUGAGGAAGGUCCGAAGUUCGACUCAAGGGACUGCUUGCGACGCAACCAUCCUCUACUACGCUAGAAAUCAACUGCAAGCGCUUGUCAAAAAGUCACUGAGCCAUGGCCAUUCAGGAGUUCAGGAGUCGCGCUUCGAUUUUGGUGUACUCUGACUUGAUUGAGAUCGACUCAGUGAAGCUUUCGUCCUAAAGGUUUGUAUUCAACCUAAAUUCUUUGCAAGGAUCUACCGAUUUGAUGAACAGGUACGAGGGCGGCAGUGCCGAAGAUUGGUCCAUCCAUGGGAUCUUCAUGGACCUUUCAUCCCGGGCUGUGUUGCCCUCGACAUCGGAUAGAGUGGGGUUUGUAUUUUCCCUUGAAGUUCUUCUUCAUGCCAGUCUAUAUAAUAUGGCGAGACCCUGAAGAUUUAUCAUUUUUAUUUAUCCAACUCUUACCUUGUCGGUUCUCGAUUUGGAUUCUAUCAGAAGCUCAAAAUGCGUUUGUCAAGUAUUGUUUCGGCUAUAGCACUUACUGCAAGUGUAACUUCUGCUGCCCUUCAUUCUGGGCGAAGCUUGAAGCAUGUUGGCAAGGCAGACAAACCUCGUAAGAUGCAGCAGAGGGCUUCUCCGGUCAAGACUCACGACCGUCGGGGUGCGCCACAGCACUUGACAGAUUCCACUACUAAGUAUGCCGUAAAUGGCAGUGCGAUACCCGAGGUGGAUUUUGAUAUUGGAGAAUCGUAUGCUGGCCUGAUGCCAAUUUCGAAGGCAGCAAAUGAGUCCAGUCAACUGUACUUUUGGUACUUUCCCUCAGAUAAUCCAGCUGCAAGCGACGAGAUUUUGAUCUGGCUCAAUGGUGGACCUGGAUGUUCUUCGCUGGAGGGUCUCUUGCAAGAAAAUGGGCCAUUCAUCUGGCAAUAUGGAACCUACAAGCCUGUUAAGAAUCCAUAUACCUGGGUCAACCUCACAAAUGUGGUCUGGGUCGAACAGCCAGUCGGCACUGGGUUCUCGCAAGGAAUCCCAACUGCAACGGACGAGACGGAAGUUGCGGCUCAAUUCAUGGGCUUCUGGGAGAAUUUCAUGGAUACUUUUGCACUGCAAGGGCGGAGAGUGUUCAUCACGGGUGAAAGUUGUAAGUUGAAUCGUAUUUCGUUCACAGCUUAG